AGGAAAGUGAAGAACAAGAGAGAGACGAUUGCAGGUGAAUUUGAGAAACUGCACACGCUGCUGAGAGCGGAGGAGCAGCUGCUUCUGCAGAGCCUGGAGGAGGAGGAGAGGGCGACUCUGCAGAAGCUACAGGAAAAUGUCACCAAACUCUCCCGGCAAAGCUCCUCUCUGCAGCAGCUGAUCACAGAGGUUGAGGAGAAGUGUCAGCAACCAGUUGUCGAGCUGCUAAAGGAUGUGAAAAGCACAUUGAGCAGGAGUGAGAAUGUGAAACUCCAGGAACCAGAAGCCAUUUCUACUGACCUGAAGAAUGUGUAUAAAAUUUCCCUUGACAUGAAUGAAGUGCUGAAGAGAUUUGGAGUGGACGUGACUCUGGAUCCAGACACGGCAAAUCCCCAACUCGUCCUGUCUGAGGAUCAGAAACGUGUGAGACUCGGAGACAAACGCCAGGAUCUGCCCGACAAUCCUGAGAGAUUUGAUCCUUGUCCCUGUGUCCUGGGCGCUGAGGGGUUCGUGGGCGGGAGGCGAUACUGGGAGGUGGAGGUGGGAGACAAGACAAGAUGGACUCUGGGGGGUUGUAGGGAAUCUGUGAGCAGGAAGGGGAAGGUCACACUCUCACCUGAGGAUGGAUACUGGGCCGUGUGGCUGAGGGGUGGGGAAUACGAGGCCCUCACCUCACACCCGACCCCCCUCCCCGUGAGCGUCAGGCCCAGCCGGGUGGGGAUUUUCCUGGACUAUGAGGCGGGCGAGGUCUCGUUUUACAAUGUGACUGACAGGUCCCAUCUCUUCACUUUCACUGGCACCUUCUCCGGGACGCUCCGCCCUUAUUUCUAUACUGGGAGUACAAACGCGUCUCCCCUGAUAAUCUGCCCGGUCCCAGCUCAGGCCGGAGGGAAUCUCUGUCCCUGACAGUGACCCCGCGGCACAGACUGUCCCCUCCCAGCGCUGCUGCUCUUCCCGCCCCCAGUGGUGGGGGCCAGUUACUGCAGCAACUGGACUUUUUGUGCUGACCGGACGCUGCCAGUUUCCCUUUU